UCGCGAGAAGUAGAGUUGCCGUCGCUUCCAGAGGGGCGGAGGCCCGGAGGUGCACCACGUGUGGGUUGCUGCUCUAGCUGAAUCGCGGAGACUUACAGUUUGGGUUUAGGUUGGAUUUGGAACCGUGGAGAUGCGAAAGGAAACGCCGCCCCCCCUAGUAGCCCCGGCUGCCCGGGAGUGGAACCUUCCCCCUAAUGCGCCCGCCUGUAUGGAACGGCAGUUGGAGGCUGCGCGGUACCGGUCUGAUGGGGCGCUUCUGCUCGGGGCCUCCAGCCUGAGUGGCCGCUGCUGGGCUGGCUCCCUCUGGCUUUUCAAGGACCCGUGUGCUGCCCCCAACGAAGGCUUCUGCUCCGCUGGAGUCCAGACGGAGGCCGGAGUGGCCGACCUCACUUGGGUCGGGGAGAGAGGUAUCCUCGUGGCUUCUGAUUCAGGUGCUGUUGAAUUGUGGGAGCUGGAUGAGAAUGAGACACUUAUUGUCAGCAAGUUCUGCAAGUAUGAGCAUGAUGACAUUGUGUCUUCAGUCAGUGUCCUGAGCUCUGGCACACAAGCUGUCAGUGGUAGCAAAGACUUCUGCAUCAAGAUUUGGGACCUUGCUCAGCAGAUAGUUUUGAAUUCAUAUCGAGCUCAUGCUGGACAGGUCACCUGUGUUGCUGCCUCUCCCCACAAGGACUCCAUGUUUCUUUCCUGCAGUGAGGAUAAUAGGAUUUUACUAUGGGAUACCCGCUCUCCCAAGCCAGCAUCACAGAUAGGUUGCAAUGCCCCUGGCUACCUUCCUACCUCCCUGGCUUGGCAUCCUCAACAAAGUGAAGUCUUUGUCUUUGGUGAUGAGAAUGGGACUGUCUCCCUUGUGGACACCAAAAAUGCAAGCUGUUCCCUCAGCUCAGCGGUGCACUCCCAGUGUGUCACUGGGCUGGUCUUCUCCCCACACAGUAUUCCCUUCCUGGCUUCUCUCAGUGAAGACUGCUCACUUGCUGUGCUGGAUUCAAGCCUUUCCGAAGUGUUUAGAAGCCGAGCCCACAGAGAUUUUGUGAGAGAUGCUACUUGGUCUCCGCUCAAUCACUCCCUCCUCACCACAGUGGGCUGGGACCAUCAGGUCAUCCACCAUAUUGUGCCAACAGAACCUCUCCCAGCCCCUGGAUCUGAAAGUGUUGCUGAGUAGAUUGGAUUUAAGAAAGAAAGUAAACCUAAGAACCCACUCCUUUGCCUCUGACCCCUCCGUUUGUGAGACAACAGAGGAGCCUUGGAUGUUAUACCCUAGAUCUGUGUAGUUCAUAGGCAUUGUUUCUCAGUGUGAAGGAGGCUGGAUUUUGGUAUCCUAUAGUCACAGGAAGGAAAAACUUUCUUGCAAGUGGAUAUAUAUGUGUACUUCAGUGUACAUGAAGAUCUAUAGUUUUUGGUUCUGGGGGAGACUAAAAAGAAUUGAUUUCCAUCUUUCUCAAGCACAUCUCUCCCCACAAAAAAAAAUCGACAAAAGGAUUUUAUGCUUCCCGUGUAGUUUUCUAUGAAUUGGCUGUGUCUGAGUCGGGUAUGGGAUGUGGGCAUCCCUGGGUUCUUGUAAGCUCUUAGGCUACUUAAAGAUAGGUACAGCUUUAAAUUUUUUUUAAUGGAGCUUGAUUUACCAUUAUUACGGGAAAUGCUUCCAUUUGCAAAAAUCCAGCCCAACUACUUGACAAAGAGAUAGGAUACACUCACCGCAGUUUUGCACAGCUCCUUGCCAUUAAACUGAAUUGAAGUCCAUUUUUAAUGGCUGAAUAAAGAGUUUGGCUAGUGCUGGUAUAAUGCCUCCCUGACCCCCAUGGCUUUGUGUUUAUGAAAUAUAAGUGUUUUUCUGGCAUAGCUUCACAGAGCAAAGUUUAGGGUGGUGGAGAGCUUAAAUCAUUUCCAUGAAGUUAGAAAACUGACAUAGACUCUUACAGGGACAUCUUUGUCACCUUUGCUACCCCAAAAAACAGCCUGAGGACUGACCUUUCUCUGGACAUAGGAAGUCUGCUAUAUUUGUAGAUUCCUAAAAUUUUGCAAUCCAGCAUCAGGGAGAGAAUUAGGAAUAUCGAUUGAUUAAAUAAAGAGUUUAGGCAUUGUU